GCUUUAUUCCAUUGUCUGUGACCGGGAAGAGAGCGGUCCCUCCGCAACGAGUGCGGGGGCGGGAGGCGCAGGCUGAGCGCGGGUCGGAGCGGGGCAUGCCGGGAGUUGUGGUCCAGGCGCGCUGAGGCUGUGGGAUGUGUCGCGGCGCCGCGCCGGCUCCUCCUUCCCAGCCCUUCUCAGCGGUCCCCCGCCCCUUCCCUCAGCCUCCUCCUCCCUCGCCCGCAGCCCAGCGUCCCCUCCCCCCACCCGUCGGGCUCCUCGGCGGCUACUGCAGAGGAUUCAGAGCCGAGUCGCUGAGGAGGAGGAGGAGGCUCCCGGUCCCUGCGCGCCAUCCGCCUCCUUACUGGACACGGGCGAGGGAGCGAGAGCGUCGCCUCCGUAGCCUUCAGAGAAGACAAGGGCAUCGUCGUCUCAGCCGCCGCCGCCGCCGUUUUCGCCUGCAGCGGCUCACCGGAUUCUCAGUCUUCCACGAUGAACCCUGUUUAUAGCCCCGUGCAGCCUGGGGCUCCUUAUGGAAACCCUAAGAACAUGGCCUACACAGGUUAUCCCACAGCUUACCCAGCUGCAGCCCCUGCCUACAAUCCCAGCCUGUACCCCACCAGUAGCCCCAGUUAUGCUCCAGAGUUUCAGUUCCUGCAUUCAGCUUAUGGACACCAUGGAGCAACUCUGCUGAUGAAACAGGCCUGGCCACAGAACUCGUCUUCCUGUGGCACUGAAGGCACCUUCCACCUCCCAGUGGACACCGGGACCGAGAACCGAACUUACCAAGCAUCCUCUGCGGCUUUCAGAUAUACUGCCGGGACGCCGUACAAGGUCCCACCGACCCAGAGUAAUACUGCUCCGCCCCCCUACUCCCCGUCACCCAACCCCUAUCAGACGGCCAUGUAUCCCAUCAGAAGUGCCUACCCCCAGCAGAACCUGUAUGCCCAGGUGGGUACAUGUGGAAGCCUGGGCCCACCUCUUCUGCAGGGAGCCUACUACACACAGCCAGUGUAUGCGGCGCAGCCCCACGUCAUCCACCACACCACGGUCGUCCAGCCCAACAGCAUCCCCUCUGCCAUCUACCCAGCGCCUGUCGCCGCCCCCAGGACCAACGGUGUGGCCAUGGGCAUGGUGGCUGGCACCACCAUGGCGAUGUCGGCAGGUACCCUGCUGACGGCACCCCAGCACACCGCGAUUGGGGCUCACCCUGUCUCCAUGCCAACAUACAGGGCCCAAGGGACCCCUGCGUACAGCUAUGUGCCCCCGCACUGGUAAAGCCUGCAGCCCAUCCAAAUCCGGAGUCACACAUUGUAUGCAACUACUCAAGUCUUACCCAGGUGCUGAAGCAGCUCCCUAGCAGCACCACCUCUAUUUGCAAGAAGAGACAACGGAAGUGCAAGGGUCACUUUAUGCAUCUUUAACGGUUUUGGUUUUUAGUUUUGGUUUUUGUAAAAGCUGCUUUUUCUAAUCUCCUGCCUCUCCCCACUGCCCCCCUCUUAGGCGCUGCCCUUCCAGCUCCACCCUCCUCCUAGCUGACCAGGCACCUCCUCUCUGCUCUUCUUUCCUUCCCAGGCGUUCAGUCCCCAGGGAGCCCAGUCUGGCAGCAGGCAGAGAGUGGGGUCUGUUGCAGUGGUUCAGCUGAAGGCACGAUUUCCUUUGAAAGAUGUACUAGACGUGGCCCUCAGGUCCACAGUAGGAACUCAGAGCCAUUGAGCAGACCACAUCUCUGGGGGAUUGUUUCUUUUUUGAUUUUUCUCAAGCAGGAUUGGUUUAAGACAUUACUAUGUCCUGACCAAGUGAAAUGUCUUCUGAGAACCAUCGCAACAGACCAAGAACAGAACCACCUGAUUAGGUAGGAGUGUUCAUAGCAGCUUAAUAAUCCCCUAGAUGAGAACCUGGGAAAACCAGAUUCUUUCUUUGGGAGAACUUGGGGGGGUGGGGGGUGGGAGGGAGGGCAAAUGGGGAGGAAGAGAGAAGAGGAGAGCGAGGCACUUGCCUGCUGGCUUUGGUUUGUAAGGUCUCUGGCCACGCUGUCUGAGCCUGGACCCUCUAAUUUGCACAGUGAUGUUAACUGACCUGGCACUUCCUCCGAAGGUGACUUUGACCUCAGACCUGCCCAGCAGCUGCAGGACAGUGGGAUCCCAGCCUCCCAAAGCCUUGGAAGGCCAGGCGCCCUGUGUCAUCCACACCUUGGCCUCUGAGCCCUCUUGGAUCCACUCUGAUGAGGAGCCUGCUCCUGAUCAGAGUGGAAACCUCCGGCAUUUCUCGCCCUUCCCCUCGCCCUUCCCAGUGCCAGGGCUCGCCCCUCUGUCCAUGGCGCUGGCAGACAGGCCAAGCUCUUGGUUACCUUGUGCAUUCACGGCCAGAGUGAAUGAACCACAUUCCCGGUGGGCACGUGCUGGCAGCUCUGAAGGUCAGGACAGAGAAGGAAAGCAAUAGCAAUAAACAUUUCCUAGACUCACGGGACCGAAGGGACCUUAGCAUCAUCUCAUCCAUCCCUUACUCGACAGAUAAGCAAGCUGAGGCCCAGAGAAGAAGAAAGGACUUCCCUAGACUUUGCAGUAAAUUAGCAUUAAAUGCAGCCUUCCUGCCUAGGGGCACUGCUGCCCAGGAAAAUUUACCUGGGGAUGGAGUGGCUUAGUUUUGGAAAAAUGCAGUCCGCAGCACCCACACCUGGUGAGCUCUGGAACAGUCCCUGGGCUUUUGUUUCUGCUUUUUUCCUGCACAGAUUCCAAAAGUGGGGGCUGAAGACUGGGCAGAGGUCACAUGGGGGCAGAAAUUGCCAGUGAAGAAAUAGCAUUUGGAAAUUCUGUGAAGACGUCGGGAACUCUCAUGCCAUACCUAACUCCAGCCCUAGGAGAAGGAGCGGGGUGGGCUGGCUAAAAAGGAGUCUGUGCUUUUCAGACGGUAGCCCCUCAUCCUGAGAGGAGAGGAGGAGGAGACGGGGGCUUUCCUGGGAGAAGAGGCCCCGCUGGUCUCAGCCAAGAGCCCUGUUGUCUAGCACAGCUCCCUGCGCCCAGCACUUGGCUGAGCCAGCAGCCCCUUAGGGAGUGGGAGCGGGAAAGGAACAUUUUACUGUACAAAAGGGGGUCACUGGUAACACUGAGAACUUGGAAAUAACUCUUUUCAUUUUAAAUCCAUGCAUAUUUGGCCACAUCCCUACCCCUUCCUCCCAUGUCUCCCUAAGGGAGGGGAGAAAAUCAGGAAACCCUCGGGCCAGAAGGACCGCAGAGGCUGUCUGGCUGUUCCCAGGAGGGCAAAGCCCAGCAGCAUCCUCGGCCCAGAGCCAGGAGUUGGCAGCCCACCCGCCUGGCCUUCCAGGGAAAUGCAGAACCAGUAAGAAGCCCAGCUGUUCUAAAUGGUCUGUUCUGGGUGCCGAAGAGGCUUCGCCUAAAAACAAUAGCUUUCCAGUGUUAAUUCAUUUUUGCAAAUACCUCCUCCUCCUCUCUGGUUUAUAAGGGUGGGUGAUGGUUGUUUUAGAUUAUGUCGUAUAUGUUUGGAAAAUGCCAAAAUAAUAAUAAUGACUAUAACAGUAAUAGGAAACCUUUGCAUUUGUCAGGUGCUUCAUAGGCUUCAGAGCACUUCACAGCUGUUAAUUUACUGGCUCUGAGAGAGAGACAGGGUCAGAGUUCUAACACCCCCUUGACCAAGGAGGAAACUGUUCUAGAAGGAACAGGAACUUGCCCCAAGUGAGCAGAAUGCUGGGAUCCGAGAGGCUUCCCUGAAGCCUGCUGCCCCCCGGGGGCUGGGGGAAAAGGCAGAGCAGGGAAAGGAGGCCGUGAUGCCCCCGUUCCUUCUGCUCCUUCUAUACCAGUGCGUAAAACCACCAUCUAAUACCUCACCGUUCCUGAAGCAGGUUCCUGUCCACUGCCUGGGUUAACCCUGUGAAACAGAUCAUUCUCCCAUUUGAUCCAUGAGGAAACCGAGACUUGGAAAAGCAGAGUGACUUGCUCCUAAGUGGCAGAGCCAUUUGAGUCCCAGUCUGCUGCCUCUUUCCCUCCAGUCUGACCCACACACAGGCUCGCGGGCUGCAGCUUCCAUGCUCUGCACCCUCUCUCAGCCCCACUCCGCAAUUCAAGACCACAGACGGGCUCCAAGGCAGAGACAAGGUGUGGAAGGCCUGGGCUCACGAGAGUUUUCCGUCUGAGCCCUGAAGCCCCGGUGCAGCUGGCCUCACCCUCGUGCUCUGACAGAGAUCCCCACGCCUGGCCAAGCUUGGGGAGUCACUGCGGAGGGACUGAGGCCAGGAGAAGGGGCAGUGGUAUGCCUCUGGCAGGAUGAGCACACGUGAUGAGGUCACAGGUGGCUGUCAGAAGGUGCCGCGAGUAUCAUCCAGAAAUACUGGAUGGACCAGGGGUCAAACUGGACAGAAGGCCAGAACUGGAAGGGCCUUGUCAUUGUGGGAAGGCCAUCAAGCCAGAGAGGACAAGGCGUGUGCCCAUGUGACUUAGCAAGCUGAGAGCUGCACCAGCAAAGCCCUUUCUCCACCCCGAUCCACUGCCUCUCCCCAGCACUAUAAGCUUGGUGGCCAGGGUUAGGUGACAGGUGGUGCCAGUCACCAGCCAAGCCUCUUGGCUUCGCCCCUUCUACCUGGCUCCCUCCCAUUAGCCUGGGGCCAAGGAAGCUGCAGUCUGGAAGCUGGAGUGCCCCCAAGUGGUGAGAGCCUGAAAAUUACUCUUUCUGUCACAUCUUAGAAGGUUUAAUUUCUUCUCCAUGAGACAGGGCAGUUGCUGCUGCUCCUCUCUCUUGGCAAUGAGCCUAAAGUUCAUAUUCCCCUCCCUAUAUAGUGAAAAGGGACACUCACACCUGUCCAGGAUUUUCUGUCUGUGUACAAAGUACUUUGACAUUGAUUGCCAAAACCCUCACGGAAAAAACUAAGUCUCAGAAGGCUUAAGAGACUUGCCAAAGGUCACAGAGCUCAUAAGGGAAAGAGUCAAGAUUUGAACUCUUCAACUCCUCUGCUCUUUCUGCCGGCACCUGCUGGGUCUGAGCAGCAGGCAUGCAGAAGGGGUGAGCUACCAGUCUGCUCCCCAGAAGAGCAAGACUCCUGGGAAGCUCAGUCCUCCCAGCUGAGCACAUUUUUAUGAGGAGCCCUGAGAACCCAGAGGCACAUCUAGGUGGCAGUACCCAGAGGAUGAGAAUUUGCAACAAAAGGCAUAACUUGAGCAAAGCACUUGGGUUCGUGAUGCCCAGGAUUGAAGACGUGUUCAGGGGCAACCCUGGGCACUUGUCCUUGAAAGAUGAGUCCCAGCGAGGCACUGGCUGAAUCAGGCCUGGAGCCCUGCCUAUCAGAUCUUCAGCCUGCUCCGUGGCCAGAGAGGGAGGGCCUAGAGGGCAUGGUUCUUGGUGUGGUCUUGGUCACAGACUGUGGCUGGAUCGUGUAGAUGUCAUCAUGGCAUUUUCUCUGCAGUUGCAGUUGAGUAGAAUUCUGCUUUUCCGUCUUGUAUUCCACCUCAUCACCAUGGGGUAUGUGGGCCCCAGCUGCUUGCCAAGCCCGGGAACCCAGAGGGGGUGGAGCGGGCGAUGGAGCGGGCCUGUGGGGAGCAGGCUCCAUGCCGGGGUACAGCCCAGAGGAAGCCUGGCCAGCCCCACCUCCAGAAGCAGGAUCACAGCCGAGGAAACCCAGCCAGGCUAACAGAUUGCACACCUGAGCCUCUCAGAUCUCAGCCUCCUGUGUGGGUGUGCCAGGUUGGCAGCAGGAUUUUGUCCAUGUCCCCUUUUCCUAGAAAACUUGUUACUGAAAUUAGGCGUUACCCGGUUCCAGCGCUCAGGCUUUAAAAUUCCUGGCAGGCCAGCUUCAGCAUUCCAUAACCAACCUCACCUGAGCCAGACUCGGGUCCCACUCCCUCAUGCUCUCCAUGGGUAUCCUCUAUCUCGCGUGCUGCUGAAUCCAGCCAGAUGGUUGGGAGCGGCUGCCACAGAGCCGGAAGGGGGACUAGAACGUUUGCUUCCCUGUGGCUGCAUCCAUAGUCCCUGGGGACCCUGCUGUGGCAGUGAGGCCCUGCGUCCAGACCAGCUCCUGGUCCAGGGGGUAUUUUCCUUUCUGAAGAGAAGAGAUGUAACAGCUUUGCAGAUAAGUACCAGCCCGAGGGAGUCAAAUGGGUGAAAUCAUCUUUGGGCCUGACUCCAGCAAGACCAGCAUCUCCAGGCUCCGGCCUUCCUCCUUGUGCCUGAGAGUCAGGGAAAGCGUGAGACUGCCCAGAGGCCACCUCCGUGGGUCAGCCAGACCAUCUGGAUCUAUGGUGGGACUCCAGCUCUCCCUUACCCAAGGGGAGGAGGUAAGGCCAGGCCUCUGGCAACGUGGAGUUGUCUGUAAUGACCUUUAGAGGCCCAAGGGCCUGUCCCCAUCUCCUGACCACAAGGCCUCUGCACCCCUGUGUCAUAUCCCAUGAGAGAGACUUGUUCUCGUGGCAUGUACCAUCCCUGUGAGAGGGCGUUGUAUAUCAUUUUGUAUUUUUUAAUUCAUUUUAAUCUACAGGCUGGAAUCUAAUUUUUAAAUUUCAUUGGAACUCACAUUUUAAAAAAGAAAAACAUUUAAAAUAAUAAUAAUAAACCUUUGACUGGUGUCUUCCAAGUAGUUUGAUCGAAGAACUCAUAGGUGUUUUCGAAACAGCCUGGAGUGUAAAGUCUGGAAGCCAUGGCCUCGCUUGUGUGUGUGAAGUGUAAAUCUGGUUUUGUUUUGUUGUUUUGGAUUCUUUUGGGUUUUUGUUUCGUUUUGUUUUGAAGAUCAGAUAGUGAUCACUCUGAAAGAUUGAAGCCAAGAAUUUGUAACUAUGAUAUUUACUGUAAGCUGUAGAACAUCCAGUAACUAUUAAAAAAAAGUUUCCAAAAAAAA